GAUGAUUUUGCUCGCGUCGAUUCACUGUGUCGCACACACAGAUUUCGGUCGGUCCGCGGGUGUUCAGAAGUUUAGAUUUGCUGCUGGAAGAAAAGAAGAAUUCUGGAAUAUUUUCAACAUCUACUUUUCUUUCUUGCAUUGCGAUUUGUUACUGCUGGAGUAAUCGCCGUUUUGUCCGUCGAACUGGAAUCCGGAUUCCCCGGGACGGGUCGGUUCCGGACUUUUUUCUGGAUUCGUCGGGGAAGAUAGUGCAAGUGAUUUUUCUUCUCUGUUGGCUGACUGGCUGGAUAGGAACCGUGUGUGGUUUAUCGCUGGUGGUGCUUCGCUGGAGCUCUCACGACUCCGUGUGUGUAUGAGUGUGAAAAAAUGUCGUGAAUCAUUUUCUGGUCGAGUUACGGGAGCCAGCUUGGAAAAUCUUCUGGUCCAAGGAUAUUUUCCCGUCAUGGCGUAGAAAAAAGGUGGCCAAAUGAGUUGAGUUGGUGCUGUGGAGUUGAUUUACUAGUGGCUCUAGGUGGAGCUUGGUGCUUCGCCACCGCCGUGUGAGUGUUUCGUGAAGUGUGUUUGUCUUCUAUUGGGAAAGUGUUUUCUGAAGCUCGGAAGGUCGAAUCCGGAGCAAGUGCUCGAAGGAAGAAAGGGCGAUCCCGAGAGGAGUUGUCCUCCGGUGGGAGGCAGCAAACCUAGGAGGAGCAAGAGUGUUUACAUGUUUUGACAACUACUAGAGUUCUCUGGAAGAAAAUCAGUGCGCCGUUUGUGUGACAAAGAGUUUCUGGAGUCUGCUGGAGAUUUCCCAGCAGGAACAAGUCAUUUAUUGGAAGUAUUUUGCGGAUUGAUAAAACUGGAGCCGCCAGGAGGAAUAAUCAGAAUGGCGGACCUUUCGAGGCCGCCGUUCAGCGACAUCAAGCGGCCGGAAGAAGUGGUCAAGAUGACGAUGACGGACAAUCUGAAGUUUGCCGUCCUGAUCGGGCUGAUUGAGGUUGGCCAGGUCUCGAACCGGGAGGUGGUCAACACCGUUCUAUAUUUGCUCGUGGGCGGCGAAUUCGACAUGGAGCUGAACUUUGUCGUCCAGGAUGCCCAGAACGUGAAGCACAUGCUGGAACUGCUCGAUCACUGUCCGGCGAAUCUGCAGGCCGAAGUUUGGUCCGUGUUCAUCGCCAUCCUCAAGAAGAGCGUACGAAAUCUGCAGGCCUGCACCGAGAUCGGUCUGAUUGAGCACGUCCUGGCCAGGUUAUCGAGGGCAGAACCCAUCGUGGCUGACCUUCUGAUCGAGAUGCUGGGAGUGCUGGCCAGCUACAGUAUCACGGUCAAGGAGUUGAAGCUGCUAUUUGGAGCCAUGAAGGCCUCCAGUGGAAAGUGGCCCCGGCAUUCGGCCAAGCUGCUCAACGUCCUCCGACAGAUGCCGCACAGGAACGGGCCGGAUGUGUUCUUCAGCUUUCCGGGACGGAAAGGAUCGGCAAUCGUCCUCCCGCCUUUGGCAAAAUGGCCUUACGAGAACGGAUUCACCUUCACGACCUGGUUCCGGCUCGAUCCAAUCAACUCCGUCAACAUCGAACGGGAGAAGCCUUAUCUGUACUGCUUCAAGACGUCCAAGGGCGUCGGCUACACGGCCCACUUCGUCGGCAACUGCCUGGUGCUGACGUCGAUGAAGGUCAAAGGCAAGGGCUUUCAGCACUGCGUCAAGUACGAGUUCCAGCCGCGCAAGUGGUACAUGAUCGCGAUCGUGUACAUCUACAACCGGUGGACUAAGAGUGAGAUCAAGUGCCUGGUCAACGGCCAGCUGGCCUCAAGCACCGAAAUGGCCUGGUUCGUCUCGACGAACGAUCCUUUCGACAAAUGCUACAUCGGUGCAACGCCGGAACUGGACGAAGAAAGGGUGUUCUGUGGCCAGAUGGCCGCCAUCUAUCUGUUCAGUGAAGCGCUGACGACGCAACAGAUCUGUGCCAUGCACCGGUUAGGUCCCGGUUAUAAGUCUCAGUUCCGGUUCGACAACGAGUGCUACCUUAACCUACCGGAUAAUCACAAGCGGGUGAGUUUCGAGGGUGCCUUGCUGGCCGGCGGAGGUGGCGGCGGCGUCCUAGGUGGAGGCAGUGGUGCCGGCGAUGCUGCCAGUAGUGGCCUUUCGUCGUUCCAGCCGAUGCCGCCGGCCCCGAUCGAGUCCAACAUCCAUCGGAGUUUGGUGGCAAGUGGAGCCGCUGCGACCACUGCCGCCACCUCGUCCAAUGCCGCCUCCCAGCGCCAGGCAGCCCCGUCGUCGUCGAGUGCCCUGGCUGCCAGUAGUAGUGGUGGAGCAGCCGCCGGGUCGCCGCUAGAUGCUUCUUCCUCCUCCUCCGACGAACUGUUUGAUUUUGGCUCUGUCCUCUACGAUGGCAAACUGUCCAGUGGGAUCGUAUUUAUGUACAAUCCAGUGGCCACCGAUGGCCAGCUGUGCCUACAGUCCGCUCCCAAGGGCAAUCUGUCCUACUUUGUACAUACGCCACACUCGUUGAUGUUGCAGGACGUCAAAGCCGUGGUCACCCACUCGAUACACUGUACGCUCAAUUCGAUCGGCGGCAUCCAGGUUCUGUUUCCGCUGUUCUCCCAGCUCGAUAUGCCGUACGAGGGGACGGACGUUAAGAAGGAUCCGACCUUGUGCGCAAAGCUUCUUGGUUUUAUUUGUGAGCUUGUGGAAAGUUCACAAACCGUCCAACAGCACAUGAUUCAGAAUCGUGGCUUUCUUGUGAUAUCGUUCAUGCUGCAGCGCUCGUCCCGCGAUCAUCUGACGUCGGAAGUGCUGGGCUCGUUCCUUAGCCUCACCAAGUACUUGGUCACCUGCCUGUCGGCAAACUCGGACUUGCUCCUGAAACAGCUCUUCUGUUUCUCUUUCCUUACCUGGCAGCUGCUGGACCACGUGCUGUUUAAUCCAUCGCUGUGGAUCUACACUCCGGCCACGGUUCAAGCUCGUCUGUACGCCUAUCUGGCCACGGAGUUCCUCAGCGAUACCCAGAUCUACAGCAACGUUCGAAGGGUUUCGACGGUGCUGCAGACGGUGCAUACGCUCAAGUUCUACUACUGGGUAGUGAAUCCGCGGGCCAAGUCCGGGAUCACCCCGAAGGGUCUGGAUGGGCCACGGCCUGCGCAAAAGGAUAUCCUGGCCAUUAGGGCCUACAUUCUGCUGUUCUUGAAGCAGCUUAUCAUGAUCGGAAACGGGGUCAAGGAUGACGAGCUGCAGAGCAUCCUCAACUAUCUGAUGACGAUGCACGAGGAUGAAAAUCUGCACGAUGUGCUGCAGAUGUUAAUCUCGUUGAUGUCCGAACAUCCGAGCUCGAUGGUGCCAGCUUUCGACGUGAAACAUGGAGUUCGUACCAUCUUCAAGCUGCUUGCUGCCGAAAGUCAGCUGAUCCGGCUGCAGGCGUUGAAGCUGCUCGGGUUCUUCCUGUCCAGGAGCACUCACAAGCGAAAAUACGACGUGAUGUCACCGCAUAAUCUAUACACCCUGCUAGCGGAAAGACUUCUGCUGUACGAAGAGUCACUCUCGCUGCCGACUUACAACGUGCUGUACGAGAUCAUGACCGAGCAUAUCUCGCAGCAGAUUCUGUAUGCCAAACAUCCGGAACCGGAAAGUCACUACCGACUCGAGAAUCCGAUGAUCCUGAAGGUGGUCGCCACCCUAAUUCGGCAAUCGAAGCAAAGUGAACAACUUUUAGAGGUCAAGAAGCUGUUCCUAUCGGAUAUGACCUUGUUGUGCAAUAAUAACCGGGAGAAUCGUCGAACGGUGCUGCAGAUGAGCGUCUGGCAGGAGUGGCUGAUCGCGAUGGCCUACAUCCAUCCGAAGAACUCCGAGGAGCAGAAGCUGUCGGAUAUGGUUUACUCGCUGUUCCGGAUGCUGCUGCACCACGCUAUCAAGUACGAGUACGGAGGAUGGCGGGUGUGGGUCGAUACCUUGGCCAUUGUACAUUCGAAGGUUUCGUACGAAGAGUUUAAGUUGCAGUUCGCCCAGAUGUACGAACACUACGAGAAACAUCGGACCGACAAUAUAACGGAUCCGGCUUUGAGGCAGCAGAGACCAAUCAGUACGAUCAGUGGAUGGGAACGAGGUGCUGGUGGUGAUCGGGGAGGCGGAGGUGAUGAUGGAGGAGGGGGAAUGAAGAGUGAUGUAGGUGCCAUAGAGGCAACAAAGAAGUGUGUUUGUGGGCCGGAAGAGUCGGAGGGAGCUAAGAGCAAAGCUAGGCUGGUGGAGAAUGGUGAUGAUGAGGAAGACGACGAAGAGGAAGAAGAGGAGGAAGAAGAGGAGAUGGAUGACGAGCAGAUCGAAGAAGACAUAGAGGAGGAGGAUGAAGAUUUGUCACAAAGUGAUAUGAAAAAAGCAUUAGAGAUUGGAUCGCUGGAAGAGAAGAGGAGCGUAUCCGAACAGGUAGUUGAAACGAUUGUUGAAGAAAUUAUCAGCAAAUCGGAGAGCCUGUUGAAGGAUUCCGAUACGCUGACGGAAACAAGUGAAGAGCCUACGACCUCGUCUCCGGUUAUCAAGGAUGAAGAGAUUGAGUUGGCAGUCAAUGAAGUCGUUCAGGGUGUUCUUUCGCUGAAAACGUCGGGAAGCGCCCUGCAAUCGAAUAUGGCAGUAGGAGACGAUGCACUGAAUAACAACAGCAGCAGCACCGACAAUGUUUUGCAAAAGACUGAUAGUGUAGCGUCAAGUGCAAUAACUAGUGGUAAUAGCAACAAUUUAAACAAUAAUAAUCUUAGCAGUAGCAAUAGUGAGAGCGAUCAGGCGGAACCGCAAAGCGAAGAGCAAGUGAAAGCCAUGAUCUCCAACAUUGUCAACGAGAUGGUAGAAAACAGUCUGCAACAGUCUACGGCUGAUGCAAACGAUAAUCACGUCGUGAUUGUGGAAGCGAAUGAGCAGAGUGAAAUCGAAGCUCAAGUGAAGGAAGUGGUAGAAUCGAUCAUAACAGAUGCCGUCGUGCAGGCAGAACAGAUUUCAACACCCGAACCAGACCAGGAGCUGGAGCAGAUGAGUACCGAGUCGAGUCCGGAGAAGGGAGUAGCAUUCGUUCAAGUUGGAACGGUUUCAGCGGAAAUUGCUAGAGCUGAGUCCGGAAGUAGAGACAACUUGAUCGAGGAAGAUGAUCAGGAACUCGAAGAGGAAGACGAAGAUAGCGAGAUACCGGACACUCCGGCUACGGUCGCUACCGUUAUUCACAACGAUUCAAUUAUUCAAAGUGCAACCACUAGUGCCACAGUUCAACAGAGUUCUCUGCCACCGGCAGCAGCUGUUGGGAAGAAAUCGGCAUCGACCAGUACAACUACGGAUUCGCCAGCUGCCCACUAUGAAACUGCGGCUCCGACGAGUGGGCCAAGUAAACAACAACGCUCAAAAUCGGCCUCGACCCGUCCGAUGUUCUCGCCUGGCCCUACGAGACCUCCGUUCCGCAUUCCGGAGUUCAAGUGGUCCUACAUCCAUCAACGGCUGCUGUCCGACGUUCUGUUCUCCCUGGAGACCGACAUCCAGGUGUGGCGAUCCCAUUCCACCAAGAGCGUGUUGGACUUUGUCAAUUCCGCUGAGAAUGCAAUCUUCGUCGUUAACACCGUACAUUUGAUUUCGCAACUCGCCGACAACCUGAUCAUUGCGUGCGGAGGUCUGUUGCCAUUGCUGGCCAGCGCUACCUCCCCGAAUUCUGAGCUUGACGUUUUGGAGCCUACCCAGGGAAUGCCGCUUGAUGUGGCCGUAUCGUUCCUGCAACGACUGGUCAAUAUGGCUGACGUGCUGAUCUUCGCUAGUUCUCUCAAUUUCGGUGAACUGGAGGCGGAGAAGAACAUGUCAAGUGGAGGUAUUCUUCGACAGUGUCUCCGGCUAGUUUGCACCUGUGCUGUUCGCAACUGCCUAGAAUGCAAAGAGCGAACCCGAGGCCUCUACAACGGGAUGUCCCUCAAGGACAUUCCUGGAGGGGCACAUCUACAGGCACUGAUUCGAGGAGCCCAGACAACCUCAAAAACGAUCAUCGAAUCACUCUCCGGUCCAAUGAGCCCGGUCAAAGAUCCGGAGAAACUCCUCCAAGAUAUGGACAUCAACCGACUUCGCGCCGUUAUCUAUCGGGAUGUGAAACGUCUGUUCCAGGAGGAAACCAAGCAAGCGCAAUUCCUCUCGCUGGCCAUCGUCUACUUCAUCUCGGUCCUGAUGGUGUCCAAAUAUCGGGACAUCCUGGAACCACCGCCGGAACUGCAAAUCCACCGGAACUCAUCGCCGGUAACGCAGCGAGCAACUCCAACGCAGGUAGAUUCCGGCAAUCGACCAUUGUUCCCGCAGUGGUCUCACCAUGUGUAUCCCCAGUUUCUGCCGGGUUCACAUCCCAACCACCAGGCGGCAGCAGCAGCGGCAGCGUCCGGCUCGUCUGCCUUCGUGCCAACGGGAGCGGCAGCGGCAGCAGCUGCAGCAGCCGCAGCCGCAGCUAGCGGUCAGUUGGGCCAGCCCCCAGUCGGAUCAGUUGGAGUGAUGCAUCAUGGCGGCAGUAAUAACACAAUAACGUCUUCGUCAUCGCAAACAACCUCGUCGUCGUCGCUGCACAAUGGAUCGAGCAAUAACAAUGGACCGACGAUGAAUGGCCCAAUGGGUUCAAUGGUGGCAUACAAUGGAACUGGGAGCUCCCUAACCAAUGGCUAUCCGUCGGAUGUGGUCAAUUGUUACACGUCGAUCGGCCAUCUUCACCACCAGCAGCAGCAACAACAACAACAACAGACACAACACAACUUAGUCAAUAACAAUAGUUCGUUGGUAGGCAAUGCAGGAAUGUACGGUCAGAGUCAUCUACGGUCCGGUGGCCGAACUAUCGGAACCCUUAACAAUGGUCUAGUAGGCCACGGGUCCAAUGUCAAAAUGCAGAAAGCACUCAAUAACGGUGAUAACCAUAUCUAUCAUUGUAACGGUAUGACAGGAAAUCGCUCGCUUCAGGAUGGCGACUACGAGGUGAUCGUCGUGGAUGAGAACAACUCCUCGGUCAUCGCCGACAACGAGUCUCACUCGAGUGGUCCUCUGUCGAUCAAGGCGUCUACAUCUCGCCGAACUUCGUCCGUUUAUGGGUCUCCGACCUCUCCCGGAAGUCAGACAGGUGGAAAUAAUAACAAUAACAACGGGAUCGAGCCAUCAACCAAUUCUACUACUACAACUACUAACACUAGGUAUCCGGCAACAACCACAACUAUCACUACAACUAGCAUAAGUACGGUUCAAGAUCGGCCCCUCUCGCCGAAAGGCUCUCAGUUGAGAUCCCCACAGAAGUCUCCGAAGAGUGUCGACUCGGAUGCGGCUUCGUUGAAUCUCAACUCGACCGAAAACGACGCCCCGGAGGUGGAAACGUCGAGCGAGAUCAUGGCCGACGACAACAAACCGACCAACUCGAACGACGAAAGCUGGACCGACGUCAAUCUGAACGACGAAGGUCCCACGGACAGUGGUGGAAUAGCGGCCGUCAACAAGUCGAUAAUGCGCGGUGCCAUCCCGGAAGUGCCCAUUAGUCAGCUCUCGUCAGCACCGAUCAUGGGAGGUGGAGAUCACUCGAGCAAGCUGGAGUCGGAUAUCUCGGUGGUUCGAGUACCAGACAACUACCAAUCUUCGUCAGCUCGGGGUCGACCGGAAGAUUUGAGCUUGAAGGCUCCGUUCGUGGGUCAGAUACCGAUGACGAUUCCUUCGCGAGAGGCUAGCUUGACCCAGAAGUUGGAGAUCGCUCUGGGUCCGGUUUGCCCGCUGCUGCGAGAGAUCAUGGUAGACUUUGCUCCGUUCCUUUCGAAAACCCUGGUCGGAUCGCAUGGUCAAGAGUUGCUGAUGGAAGGCAAGGGCUUAACAACAUUUAAGAAUAGUCACUCGGUUGUGGAGCUGGUCAUGUUGCUCUGCUCCCAGGAAUGGCAAAACAGUCUACAGAAACACGCUGGCUUAGCGUUCAUUGAACUGAUCAACGAGGGAAGAUUGCUUUCCCACGCCAUGAAAGAUCACAUCGUAAGGGUGGCAAAUGAAGCCGAAUUUAUACUUAAUCGAAUGCGAGCUGAUGACGUCUUGAAACAUGCCGACUUUGAGUCACAGUGCGCUCAAACGCUGUUGGAACGGCGUGAAGAAGAGCGUAUGUGCGAUCACUUGAUCACCGCCGCUCGAAGGCGUGACAAUGUCAUCGCUAGUCGACUGUUGGAAAAGGUUCGCAACAUCAUGGGCAACAGACACGGUGCUUGGGGAGAUAGCAGUGGAGCGUAUCAGAAGCAAAUCUUCUGGAAGUUGGAUGCUUGGGAGGAUGACGCCAGAAGGAGAAAGCGAAUGGUUCAGAACCCUAGGGGGUCGACUCACCCUCAGGCAACACUCAAAGCGUCGCUUGAAAACGGAGGUGGAGACGAAGGUCGAGAAUCGGCACGGGAUGAAAUCUACUCCCAGAUUGCCGUUCCACGUUCACAGCAACCGGACUUGCUAGAUGACUCCGAGCUACUGAUAGAAGACCGUGAACUAGAUCUGGACCUCACUGGUCCCGUGAACAUUAGCACCAAGGCUAAGCUCAUCGCACCCGGAUUGGUCGCGCCAGGAACUAUGUCAAUUACCUCUACGGAGAUGUACUUUGAGGUAGACGAAGAUAACCCCGAAUUCCAAGGUAUCGAUCAGGAAGUUCUCAAGUACUGUGAUCAUCUUCACGGAAAGUGGUACUUUUCCGAAAUUCGUGCCAUCUUCUCCCGCAGAUACUUGCUGCAAAACGUAGCGCUGGAGAUAUUCCUUGCGAGUAGAACAUCGAUCCUGUUUGCAUUCCCCGAUCAACACACCGUGAAGAAGGUGAUCAAGGCUUUGCCACGCGUCGGUGUCGGUAUCAAGUACGGUAUCCCGCAAACGCGUCGCGCCUCAAUGAUGUCCCCGCGUCAACUUAUGAGAAACUCCAACAUGACCCAAAAGUGGCAACGGCGAGAAAUUUCCAACUUCGAGUAUCUAAUGUUCCUAAACACCAUUGCUGGUCGAACGUACAACGAUCUCAACCAGUAUCCGGUGUUCCCCUGGGUCCUUACAAACUACGAAUCGCGAGAACUAGACCUCAGUCAACCCUCUAACUAUCGAGACCUUUCCAAACCGAUAGGAGCUCUGAACCACUCGAGACGCGAAUACUUCGAGGAACGCUACGAAAGCUGGGACACCCCUGGAAUACCUCCCUUCCACUACGGAACUCACUACUCGACGUCGGCUUUUGUGCUGAACUGGCUCAUCCGAAUCGAACCUUUCUCCACAAUGUUCCUAGCCCUGCAGGGUGGAAAAUUUGAUCACCCUGAUCGAUUGUUCUCCUCCAUUGCGCUAUCCUGGAAGAACUGUCAACGAGAUACCUCGGACGUCAAAGAACUCAUCCCGGAAUGGUACUUCCUACCGGAGAUGUUCUACAACUCAUCCGACUACCGGCUAGGCCGACGAGAGGACGGCAACAUCGUCAGCGACGUUGAACUACCGCCAUGGGCAAAAACUCCCGAAGAGUUUGUCCGAAUCAACCGAAUGGCUCUGGAGUCGGAGUUCGUAUCAUGUCAAUUACACCAGUGGAUCGAUCUAAUAUUCGGCUACAAACAGCGCGGACCGGAAGCCAUGCGUGCCACCAACGUAUUCUACUACCUCACCUACGAGGGAAGCGUCGACCUGGACACGAUAUCCGAUCCCGUAACCCGGGAAGCGAUCGAGAAUCAGAUCAAGAACUUCGGCCAAACGCCCAGUCUGCUGCUGAUGGAACCGCAUCCUCCGCGAAGCUCGGCCAUGCACCUGUCGCCGAUGAUGUUCAACACCAUGCCGGACGACGUGUGCAUGUCCCUCAAGUUCCAUCUGAACUCGCCGAUCAUCCACAUCUCUGCCAAUACCUACCCUCAGCUGCCACUGCCUUCGGUUGUGACCGUCACUGCGGGUCACCAGUUUGCAGUCAAUCGAUGGAACUGCCAAUACACCGCUAGCAUCCAGAGCCCUAGCUACGCCGAAUCCGCCCAGAACAUCAACGCGAACCUGCCGCUGACGAUGGACCCACUGCUUUCUCAAAUCAACGGUAACAACAACAGCCAACAGCAAAACCGCCGGCAUUUGGGUGACAACUUCAGCCAGAAGCUGCGCAUCAAAUCGAAUUGCUACGUCACCACCGUCGAUAGUCGGUUCUUAAUCGCUUGCGGCUUUUGGGACAAUAGCUUCCGAGUUUUUUCGACAGAAACGGCUAAGAUCGUGCAGAUUAUCUUCGGACAUUUCGAUGUGGUGACGUGUCUGUCCCGUUCGGAGUGUAACAUCACCUCGGAUUGUUACAUCGCAUCGGGUUCGGCCGAUUGCACCAUCCUGCUGUGGCACUGGAACGCACGAACCCAAAGUAUCGUUGGAGAGGGAGAGAUACCAACUCCACGAGCUACACUCACGGGUCACGAAACCUCCGUUACAUCGGUUGUGAUCAGCGCCGAGCUCGGCUUGGUGGUUUCCGGAUCGAUAAACGGUCCGGUGCUGGUGCACACCACCUUCGGCGAUCUGCUGCGCUCGCUGGAGGCCCCAGCGGAAUUCAUCUCCCCGGAGAACAUCACCCUGUCGCGGGAAGGCUUCAUCGUGGUCAACUACGACGAGGGCAACGUGGCGGCGUACACCAUCAACGGAAAGCUGCUGCGACAUGAGUCGCACAACGAUAACUUACAGUGCAUGCUCCUAUCCCGCGAUGGGGAGUACUUGAUGACCGCAGGCAACAAGGGUAUCGUGGAGGUUUGGCGGACGUUCAACCUGGCUCCGCUGUAUGCGUUCCCCGCCUGCAAUAGUGGGAUUCGAUCGUUGGCGCUGACCCAUGAUCAAAAAUAUUUGCUAGCGGGGUUGGCCACCGGCUCGAUCAUUGUGUUCCACAUCGACUUCAACCGCUGGCACCACGAGUACCAGCAACGUUACUGAAACUCGUCCCUGCGCUACAUCACGAUCACCCGGGCCGGCGAGGAAGAGCUGCAAUAUCGCCAGACGCCUCCCUCGCACUAAACGAAAGAAGAGGAAAAACGGCUUGCGGCGUGAGCGUGAUGAUUUGAAAUAUUCAUCUGUUUUAUCUCCUAAGCGUAUAGAUACACCUACCUUAUUAGCAGUUCUACUUUAUCGAUGCAAUCUACAGAGAGAAGGAGCGGAAGAAGAAGGAGGAGCAAGUGUAUAGAAAAAAAAUGUGUACUUAAACAUAAACCUGGAGGAUGCCAAAUUCUUGUUAUCGGAGCCGAUGCGCGGAGAAGUUGUUACUUAUUGUCUAGAAAUUCGAAACUGUUCAAACAUGUGCACAUUCGUUCAUAUUAAGAUGAAGAAACUAAGCAAAAUUAGUAAUGAAAAAUUUAUCAUAAAACAACUGCAGAAAAAAAACUACACUCUAAAGGUAGUGAAAAGCUUUCGACAGUUUUAAAUGCAUUCCCGCAAAAGCAGGCGCUUUUCGCGGUCUCGUAGCAACAAAAACUGAUGAUGCAGCUACAGUGUUUAGAUUUAACGCCAGCCUACUUUAUCGACGGGGAAAUUCUCAAAAACUAUGAGAAUAUAGGUUAAGUCAAGGAGAGAAGGGGUGAAAGCAUGAUUGACUUGAGAUAAAGUCGUGAGGGUAUGAAACAAACAAAACCAAUGCCAAAAUUGAUGUAUUCAAACAGGUGACAUGAGAAAGACAGAAGCGUCAACAAUUAAAGACAGGAUUCAAGACGAGGUUUUUAAAAGUUCUAACGAAACAUUCUUUCGAUAAAAAAAAACACAAACGCAUUUACAUUUAGAUCACUGGAUGAACAGAGUUUAGCCACCAUAAUUUUACUGAGAAACUAAGAAGAGAAGCGAUGUUUACCGACUUGUAAGAAUGAGUUUGUACGAUUCCUAACAGAGAAAGAAGCAUAAAUCAAGGUUGCCAAAUGACGAGACGUCCAAACAGGUCGGUUAAACAGUUUUAAGUAAAACAAAACCGCAAACACUUUGAAUUCGAGCAGAAUGUAAGUUUGAAUAUUAAAAAAAAAACACUAAAUUAGAAGCCAGCAAUGUGAAUCAGAGGAUCGAAUCAAGGUGAACACAGUUUUUAAGGUUAUCCGUCCGCAAAUAUUUACAUAAACCUUAACACACACAUAGCAACAAACAAAAGACAACAAUUAAAAACAAAAAUCAGUGGAAGAAAGCACUAGAAAUCGCAGCACAUUCCCCAUGUUGUGUUAGUUUGCCACUCUUGGUGGAAACACCUUUAACAAUAAAUCACAGAGAAACAAGUUGUCAAAAUCAAAAAAAAAAAUAAAAAAAAAACUAAAAUGUAUACAUAAAACAUGAGAUAAAAUUAAUCUUUCACGUGCCAAGCAUUUUUCGAUAAUCCUGCCCCCCCAACAAAAAAGAAUGAACUUAAAUCGAGCGCGAAAACAUAAAAAAAAUAACCUUACACCCUUAGCAGCACAGAAAAGCAUUGCUUAUCUUUAAUAACAAACUCUACUCUAAACAAAAAAAAAAAAGAAAAAAAAGCUUGCAAUUUUUGUAAAAUGAUCGUUGCCUCUUUAAAAAUAAAAUCGGACGGAACACAGUGGAUAAGUUCUAAAAGAAGAGAAAAAAACAAACAAAAAAAGUUUAAGCAAAAUAAAACGCGAGGAGAAAAAAAAACCGAAAACUAUUUUCGAUCCGACAAAGUCAGGACUGUCUGUGUGUAUGUGUAUGUAAGUGUGCAUGCAAUUUUCCGUCCAGAUUGCUUGUUUUGAUUUAGCUGUGCAUGAAUAACCGGAAGAGAAAAAAAACACGAAAAGGAAUGGACAAAUUAACCCGCCGUCUUCGAUUGUCAUUUUAUGUUAUUAGUUGUAUUUUUUUAUUUUGCACUUGCAGAAUGACGUUGGUAAAAACUUCGAGAAAAAUUAGGUUACUAUUAAAUCAACAGGCGUAGAAAAAUACAAACUGCUCAACACACUUUGCUCAUUUUAAACUUGCAUGAAGACGAUCAAACUUCAAAAUAUCAAUCAUUUCAGACAUUUUUACAAGAGAAAAUUUUACUGUAUCCCUCUAUUGAUUAAUUUUGGUAGGCUUUCAUUGGAAAGAGAAAGUUUUAAACAACUAAAUGACUCCACAAAAUGAUUUUUGAAUUUAUUUAAUUAAAAUUUAAGUAUUAAGAAAUUCGGAAAUACGGAUUAUCAAAAUAUUGGAUUACCAUAUUUCAAACUUGAAUUUCGGAGUUCAAAAUUCUAAGUUCUGUGGUCUGAACUCUGAGUUGUGAGGUUUAAGAUCAGUUUCCGAAUUUUGCCGUCUGAUUUUGAGUUCUAAGCUCUGAGUUCAAAACUCAAAACUCAGAGUUCAGAGUUCUAACUUCGAAGUUCUGAAUUCUGAGUUCGAAUUCGAGAGUUCUAUGUUCAGAGAUCAGAGUUCUAAGUUCUGAGUUUUAAGUUCUGAGUUCUAAGCUCUGAGUUCCAAGUUCUGAGUUCUGAAUUCUAAGCUCGAGGUUCUGAGUUCAAAGAUCUGAAUUCUCAGUUCUUUUGUCAGAGUUCUAACUUCUAAGCUCGGAGUUCUGAGGUCUGAGGCCUGAGUGUUGAGUUCAGAGUUCAGAGUUCAAAGUUCAGAGUUCAGAGUUCAGAGUUCAGCAAUCUCAGUUCUAUGUUCUGAGUUAUAAAUUCUGAGUUUUAAUAUCUGAGUUUAGAAUUCAUAUUUCUUAUUACGAUUUGUGGAUUUUUGAGAACUACAUCCUUUGUAACUGUAAAAAAGAGACUUAUCCUUAACUUUAGAAAGAUUUUGAUUUCUGAACACCUCAUUGAUUUUGAAUGUUUCAUGGGUAAAAAUUAAGUUGAUAUCUAUCACGCUUACUGUUAAACAAGUACUUAAUUGGAAAGUAUUUUAUAAUUUACCCUCCAUAGUUUAUAGUUUUUCGCUAGUCUUUUGAGUUGUUAGGUUAAGAAAAUCAUUGUGCAGUAUUUUCUAAGUUGGUGUUGGUGUACACGGUUAGUUAAAGUGAAUCAAAUCUAGGGCAUAGAAAACCAAUUUUGAUGUUGCAGUUAGCUAGAACUUUGAUUGGGAAAAUAUAAAAAUUAAAAGAUAGGAAAUGCAUAUUUUAAUUUUCUUCUUUUUUUCAAAGUAGGCAAGCAAAAAUAUGUUCUGACGCAUGCGCAGUAGAAAGUUUAAUUUGAAAGUCCCUGGCACAUGUGCACCUUAAAUGGAAAAUAGAAACAAAGAUUACUGCAAACAAUUGAAAAAAAAACUCUUUAAACCACAGCAGAGGCAAACAAAUCCUAGCGUAGCCGUUAUUUUCAAAGAAGAAAGUUGAAAAAAAAAUUCACUCAAAAUAGUAGCAAAAAAUGUUUCCGAUUAUUUGAUCAAAAUCCAUCUUUAACCAAAAUAGAAUUAAAAAAAACAGCAAAACAAGCAAGAAAAACCGCAAAAAAUAAAACACGUGCACACUAAGCGUCGAGUAACUUGCACUUUUAAAUCAAUUUCUAUCUUUCGAUAAGCAAGCAAACCAGUAAAAUCUAGUUGAGCAUUUUUAAGAUAAACAAGCAAAAAAGAUGAGAAAACAAACAAGAAAGAAAUACAAAAUAAGCGUUUGCUUACAACGUGUAAAAUAGUGAAUACAAACGCUUACCGCCAGAAAGUGAAACUAGACAUCAGAGGCAUAUUGUGAGCAAGCAUCUGAAGUAAUCAACAGAAAAAAAAACAAGAUAAUCUGCGAUGUUUUAAUACCCUACUUUUUAUAACGCUAGAAUAAAUGAUAAACAAUAUUAGUGGGAAAAAAGAUUGAAACUUUAAGAAACCAGUUGUAAAAAGCAAAACCUUAGCCGGAAAGUCCCAUUUAAGCUUAAACAUUGCAUACAGUCUGGUUACGAGUAAUCGUAACCCGAAGCAAUACACUUUGGUUAGCCUUUUAUCGGUCACAUUACACUGCUACACGGAUAAACAAAACCAAAACAAUGAGAACAGCAAAGAAAAAUAGUUGUAGUGGGAAGCGUUAGUAAGCGUUAUAGAAAAAAAACGCUUGAGCAUAAAUUGAAAACAAACAAUUAAAACAGGAGUAUCGCAAACAGAUGAAUGGAAUACAGAGAAAUAACUACAAACCCUUAGAAUACAACAUAAACACACCCACACAAAAACACACGCGCACUUGUAUUUAUGAGUAUGAGUAAUUGCAAAUACAACAAAUCCCCUAUAUUUUGUGAGACAUUAUUGCUAAACGAUAAACGAAAAAAAAACAAAAAUGACUAAACUACUAAAUCCUUAAUCCUAUGAAUUACUUGAUUAAAGUCAAACACAGAGAAGAAGAAAAAGUAACAGAUUAGCCAACUAAAAUAUGAGAAAAGAAAAAUGGUUGCAAAACAUUCGGAAAUCUAAACAAAAAAGACGCUAAUGCUGAGCAUGAAAUAUUAAAAAAAAACAUUCCGGUUAGAUAAUUUAGGAAGAUCCAAACUAGUUUCGAAGAUGCUUAACUACAACAGAAAAGAUGCAAAAUAACAGAAGCAAACACAAAACAAAACAAAAACGUGCAAUCGUAAACAGAAAAAGAACAACAUGUUGUGUGCACUGAGAAAAAAAAAUCGGAUCGGACCGGACUUGCAUUCUGGUUUGAUAUUUAAUCAGCUGCUGGGAAGAAAAAAACAUAAAGUUAAAAUAAAAUGAAGAAAAAAAAUCAAAGAAGCAUUGUUACUAAGCCCAAUUUAUUGUAAAAUAAAUUAAAUAACAUUAUCA